UGGCUCGGUUUCCUGGCGACGGAGGCCUGCGGGCUGCCGCUGCUCCGGCUUCUUUUGCACCUUUCCCUGCCGACGCGGGUGCGAGGCCGGCAUGCCUUGGUUCCUCUCAUCAACCAAGCUGGUUCCCGCUAUCGCGAGCGCCCGCAGCCUCUCAGGGAGUGUAUCCUGUUCACAACGAAGGUACUCCCUCCAGCCCGUCCCAAAGAGGAGGAUUCCAAAUCGAUACCUAGGCCAGCCCAGCCCCUUUACACACCCACACCUCCUCAGACCAGUGAACGGUACCCAUGCGUCUCUCAGUGAGGGCUUCCUUUGCUGAUCCUUCAUCAGACUGGAAUUCCUGCUGGGAAGUCGGCUGAGGCGCAGGAAAUGCAGCUCACCGCCGAAACACACAAGAAUAUCAGAGUUUUUCAAAGCGGUCAGGGGAGGUGACUCCAGGACUAUCGCAAGUGGAAUAUGCACUUCGCAGACACAAAUUAAUGUCUCUGAUCCACAAGGAGGUGCAAGGGCAGAGCGGGACAGACCAGACAGUGGUUCUGCUAUCCAACCCUACGUACUACAUGAGCAAUGAUAUCCCCUACACUUUCCACCAAGACAACAAUUUCCUGUACCUUUGUGGAUUCCAAGAGCCUGACAGCAUUCUGGUCCUUCAGAACCUCCCUGGCAAGCAGUUACCAGCACACAAGGCCAUGCUUUUUGUGCCUCGGAGAGACCCCAGUCGAGAACUUUGGGACGGCCCACGAUCUGGCACUGAUGGAGCAAUAGCUCUAACUGGCGUGGACGAAGCCUAUACGCUGGAAGAAUUUCAACAUCUAGUACCAAAACUGAAAGCCGAGACGAACACACUUUGGUAUGACUGGAUGAGGCCCGCCCACGCACAGCUUCACUCGGACUACAUGCAGCCUGUGACUGAGGUCAAAACCAGGAGCAAGAACCGAGUUCGCGCUGUGCAGCAGCUGGUCCAGCGCCUCCGGCUGGUCAAGUCUCCUGCUGAGAUUGAACGGAUGCAGAUUGCUGGGAAGCUCACCUCACAGGCUUUCAUAGAGACCAUGUUCGCCAGUAAGGCCCCUGUGGAGGAGAGCUUUCUCUACGCUAAGUUUGAAUUUGAAUGCCGGGCCCGGGGAGCAGACAUCUUGGCCUACCCGCCUGUGGUUGCCGGAGGUAAUCGGUCCAACACGUUGCACUAUGUCAAGAACAAUCAGCUCAUCAAGGACGGGGAGAUGGUGCUGCUGGAUGGAGGGUGCGAGUCUUCCUGCUAUGUGAGUGACAUCACCCGAACCUGGCCUGUCAAUGGCAAGUUUACAGCACCACAGGCAGAGCUUUACGAAGCUGUUCUAGAGAUCCAGAGAGAUUGUCUGACCCUCUGCUCCCCGGGAACAAGCUUGGAGAACAUCUACAGCAUGAUGCUGACCCUGACAGGACAGAAGCUGAAGGAGUUGGGGAUCAUAAAGAACGUGAAGGAAAAUAAUGCCUUCAAGGCUGCUCGAAAAUACUGCCCUCAUCAUGUCGGCCAUUACCUCGGGAUGGAUGUCCAUGACACUCCGGACAUGCCCCGCUCCCUCCCUCUGCAGCCCGGCAUGGUGAUCACAGUGGAGCCAGGCAUUUAUAUUCCAGAGGAUGACAGAGAUGCCCCGGAGAAGUUCCGUGGUCUUGGUGUACGGAUUGAGGAUGACGUAGUGGUGACUCAGGGCUCACCUCUCAUCCUUUCUGCUGAUUGUCCCAAAGAGAUCAGUGACAUCGAACACAUCUGCAGCAGGGCCUCUUGACCCCCGCUGCGGCCCGCGUGCAUCUCAGGUUCAAGGGCUGUGCGCCGGCGCCCGUGCACAUGAGCUUUCUGAGCGUUGUCUGCGUGUGUACCUUCGUCUGCGAGUUCCGUUUGGGAGUGCGGGGACUGUGUGAGUGUGUGUAGUCGUGUGUGUGGUCUUUUUUGUUCUGAGUAGCUAGAAAUCAGGAAAGUUGAAUUUUUGGACUGUAUGUUACUGCAACGUUAGAAAAACAUUAAUUCUGCAGAGUUAAUGACCCAGGCAAGUUUAAUUUUUAAACAUAAAGAUAGUUCUCGGUUAUAUCUGUUCAUGCAUUCCAGUUAACGCAUUUAAACACAUUUAAAUACAAAUUUCUCCUCCCCGGGUCUUUUCCUUUCAGAGCUUUUGCUAAGAUCCAGCUAAUAGCGUAAGAUACUUGUGUGACGCGUGUAUUUGGACAAGUCACCAAGGCCUGCACUAGAGGCCACCCGUCGUGAUUGUGUGUGGCGAAUACAUGCCUUUCACGCAGGUACCAGCCUCUUCCAGAGCCUGCACGCCUCCUGGAGCCACGUGAGCCCUCCUGGCGCUGGUGUCCUGCAGUCCCACAGCGUAGCACCGUCCAGGUUCCAGCAACACUAGCUAUCAAACAAAGCAGCUUCGAGCCUUCUCACUCUUUGGUUGCCUAGGGCCUGGAAAGUGUUUAGAUUCUUGAA